AUGAAUGACUUGAUCGAGUUGACCAACAAGCUACAGACUGUAGUUACCUCGGUUGGAGCAGACAACACACUUGACUUGCCCUUGAUUACCGUAGUCGGUUCUCAAUCGUCAGGCAAAUCCUCAGUCCUCGAAACACUCGUUCAACGUGAUUUCUUGCCACGCGGAAGUGGCAUCGUCACUCGAAGACCACUUAUCCUCCAGCUCGUCACCUUGCCAAAGCCGUCUGAUUUGGAGUAUGGUGAAUUUCUGCACAUCAAGGACAAGAAAUUCUAUGAGUUCAGUGAAAUUCGCGAAGAAAUUGAGCGUGAAACCAGUCGUUUAGCAGGAGGCAACAAGGGAAUCUCCAGAAUGCCUAUUCACCUCCGAGUCCAUUCACCCAAAGUGCUCAAUCUCACACUCGUCGAUCUUCCCGGCUUGACAAAGAUCCCUAUUGGCGAUCAACCAAAUGACAUUGAAAAGCAGAUCCGUAGUUUAGUGAUGGAUUACAUUUCGAAUCCAAACAGUAUCAUUUUGGCUGUAACACCGGCUAAUUCUGAUCUCGUCAAUUCAGAUAGUCUCAAAAUUGCCAGACAAGUGGAUCCAGAGGGUAAAAGAACUAUUGGUGUGUUGACAAAGUUGGACCUGAUGGAUGCAGGCACAAAUGCUUUGGACAUUUUAUCAGGCAGAUCGUAUCCCCUGAAGCUUGGGUUUAUUGGUGUUGUCAACAGAUCCCAACAAGACAUUCUCACAAACAAGCCAAUGUCGACUGCGCUUGAAGCUGAAAACCAGUUUUUCCAGCAACACCCUGCCUAUAGAAGUGUAGCUGCUCGCUGCGGUACGCAAUAUCUCAGUAAGCAACUUAAUACCAUUCUACUCGCUCAUAUCAAAGAGAAGCUGCCAGAAUUAAGGACGAAGCUAAGCACACUCAUCAGUCAAACACAACAAGAAUUGAGUCAAUAUGGCGAGCCAAGCAGAUCCACCGAGCCAAUUCAUCGAGGACCUCUGAUUUUGAGAAUGCUGACCAAAUUCGCCAAUGAUUUCGUUGCAGCCAUCGACGGCACAUCAGCAGAAAUGUCUACAAAGGAGUUGUGUGGUGGUGCUCGUAUUUAUUAUAUCUUCAACAAUGUGUUUGGACAAGCACUAGAUGCGAUACCCGCUUGUUCUAAUCUCACCAACCAUGACAUUCGCACUGCCAUACGUAAUUCCACCGGUCCCCGUCCUUCGCUCUUUGUUCCUGAAUUGGCUUUUGAUCUGUUGGUAAGACCUCAGAUCAAAUUAUUGGAAGCACCUAGUUUGAGAUGUGUAGAGCUGGUGUAUGAGGAACUCAUGAAGGUGUGUCAUAGCUCAGAUACAAAGGAAUUAUUGAGAUACCCACGACUACAUCAAAGAUUGGUAGAAGUUGUUUCAGAGCUACUAAGAGAAAGAUUGAGCCCCACUUCCACCUAUGUCGAGAGCUUGAUUUCCAUCGAGAGAGCCUACAUCAACACCAACCAUCCUGAUUUCCUGGGUGCUGCAGGCGCCAUGGCUAACAUAGAGACAGAAUCCAAAAAGAAAAAGAAGAUAGACUCCAAGCGCAAGAACCGCAUGUCGCCACCUACGUCCUUUGAUAUGAAGAUGAACGGAAAUAUUAGCAGCAAUCGAUCUGAUGCUGGGGAUAAUGGAUCGGUUGUAGGAACAGAGAUGGAUUUUGACACAUCCUCAUCAGCACCCAAGGACUCGUUCCUCAACUACUUUUUCGGUGGAGCCAGUAAAAAUGAAAGACCAGCAUUGGGGUCCCAAGAAAUGAUGACCAAGGUUCAGUAUGCACCACCCAUGUCUGUCAACAGUAUGAUGGAGAGCGAGAUGGUCAAAAAAUUAGAGCAGGCAACAUUGAACAAUGAGAACGGCAUUGUUGCCACCGAUAGAGAGGAAUUAGAGACACAGUUAAUCCGUACAUUAAUCACAAGCUACUUUAAUAUUGUAAGAAAGAAUAUUCAAGAUUUAGUGCCAAAAUCCGUCAUGCAUCUGCUCGUCAACUAUUCUCGGGAAUCUAUUCAAAAUCGACUUGUUGCUGCACUUUACAAGGAGGAACACUUUAACGAGUUGCUACAAGAAGAUGAUACCAUCUCUACCGAACGAGAAAAAUGCAAAGCCAUGCUGAAUGUCUACAAACAGGCAUUUGAAAUUAUCAAAAAUGUCAUGUAA